AGCCAACCUGCCGUCGACCGCGUAAUCUAGGGAAAUACACGGGGGCAGCGGUAUAAAAUACCGCUUCUUGCUUGCAGCAGUCAGUUGCUCUAUUAUCGUAGAAGGAAGCACCUUGGACAGGAUGAGAGCUGGCACGGUUGCUCUACUCGUUAUCCUUCCUUUGCAGUCGCUCUGUCUUCCUACUACGGAUCCUUCCUCUCACGGAAGUCAAAAAAGAGACGUCGUUUACGGUACCAAUACAUCGUUCACUGCUUUCUCUUCCGGUACUCUAACCUUCCAGUCUCCGUUGCUUGCGUGGAGUGAGGACAGUAGCUACAUGAAGUUUAAGUCGAUCGUGGCCGGUACACUGACCGACUUUGAAGUCCAGGUGGAAAUCGUUUGCCGUAAGGUGUUGACAGCUCAAGGCGACACAGUAAAAUGGUCACAAGAUUUGAGUGUGGCAGACUCGGAGAUCAAUCAGUGCUUCCAAGUUAUUAACUAUGCUCAGGACCCUUCUCUGUGUGCGGCUUUUCGAGUCAACGUGAAAGUAACAGUAACUGGAGACAACGUGACGAUUAGCGGUAUCGAAUUCGGUGGUAGUAGCCUCUGUUCGCUGUCGGAGAUGCAGCCAUCGACGACGUUCGAUUGCAAUCUGGACCAUGGAGAUUGCGGAAUUCGAAACGACGCAUGCGGGUUGGCUCGCUGGGAGCUACGACCGCAAUCUGCCGACGAGACAAGCAAAGAAAAGCGUUCGAGUUGUGGUGUCUCAAAAUCUGGUAUUCCUUUGAUAAUAAAACAGCUUCACUCCGAAUGCACCUAUCAUCUCGACAUUGCUUCGCUGCAACCGUCGGGUUUCUUAUUGCUUAAUGACGUCAUCGAUACCACUUCGCAGAGUGCAUCUCGUAGAAAGCGUGACUUAUCCGGGUAUUCACUCGUUCUCGACCCGACGACGACGAGUGGCGUGGCGACCGGCAUUCUCGAUCUUCCGACGGUGACGCACGCGAUUGCGAACGCCUAUUUGACGUUCGAUUACGAGAUGUACGAAGACGGUGCUCACGACCUCAUGGUGACGGCGGUGUGCACGUCGGAUCCGACCAACUAUCUGGUACCGCUCAAGCCGUCGUUGUUGCACUAUCACAAGCUCAACCUCUAUGCGGGUAGCGGUGGGACGCUCUUGUUGGAUGUGCACGCGUACGUUCAUCAGGAGGACUGCUCGACGUUUGCCAUCCAGUUACACGGAGCUGCUGUCGAUACUUACCUCACUGUUGACGACCUGGUCUUUCAUGCGAGUGCCCCAACCGGCAUGACUCCCGACAACAUGUAACAGCGCAAGGCGAUGGGUACUGUACAUUGUGGUACCGUGACUAUGGCACAGACGUAUAAUUAGAUAAUAUUAAUUAAUGAUUGAACCGAUCUUGUCAUGAAAGGUUUUUGAGCAUUUGAAAAUUAGUGCAUCUAUGUAUUGAUCCUAAUUAAGACAAUACUGUAUAGUACUCAUAUUUGUAUGGAUAUUUGCCUCGACUUCCCAGACUUGUGUAGCGCCAAUACGCUAGUAUGCUGCUCUGAUGUAGGGAUUUGUGUUUGUAGAAUACAG